AUGGUGACCUGGGUGAGGGUGGCCUGGGUUCUGUGCCUAAUGCUAACUUCUGAUUGGAUGAAAACUACCCACUCACGUGAUUUCACUCUUAGAGACAUUAUUUACCUCCAUCCAUCCACCACUCCAUACCCUGGUGGAUUUAAAUGUUUCACGUGUGAGGAUGCAGAGGAUAACUAUAGUUGUAACCGCUGGGCCCCAGACACUUACUGUCCCAGAGGAACCAGCUACUGCUACACUCGUCACAAGAUGGACAUGCAUGGGGACAGUGUUUCAGUGACAAAGCGCUGCGUGUCUCUAGAAGACUGCCUUUCUACUGGCUGUGUACAGGACAGCCAUAAGGGCUACCAAGUGUGCACUGCCUGCUGUGAAGGAAACAUCUGCAACUUGCCAUUACCCAGGAAUGAGACAACUGCCAUCUUUUCCACCAUCUUACCUUUAAACAGGAAGUCAAAGCUCUCUGUGGACUGGCCACUCUGUUUCCUGAUAAUCAUUCUCAUUGUUCACACUUUCACUCACAUCUGA